AUGGAUUAUCCUGAAGGGCUAGACCCGUAUACCGCGAGACAGAAUUUGCUACACCACAGUUUCUCGCCGUUGAUUUCGGUGCAGUCGUCGUAUAAUGCGGAUGUGAUGGUGCAGACGGUGUUGAAGGACGAAAGCACCUCGAUAUUGCUGAUCUUGAAAGCGUACGGUAACAAUGCGAAGUAUCACGUACCGAAUCAGAUAUUUCGGAUAACCAACACGCAGCUUAUUACCAAGAGCUAUCCUAGUUUUCCUGUUCGGUUUGAACCGUCUCUACCGGAGCUAUUGUCGGUGAUCAAUGCUUCAUGGAGCACGACGACGGGGCCAGGCAACGGAGGGGCCAGAUCUGGGGGAAAAAUGCCCCUGUUAUUCAGCAUUUCGUCGUUGGAGAUGUUGUUGAAGCACAUGGCGUCGUGCAAGACCCACCAGUAUGAUUUGUAUGUUAAUUUUUUCAACAAAAUCAUUACGUCGAACAAGAUAGUUCCGUUUGAGACGUUCAACCAUCCGAUUUCGCAGGUGUUUGUGAUUGAUUUCCAUACCGAAACUAUAGAGAGCUUACGGAAGUCGAUAGUGGAGUUUCGGAAUUUCAAUUUCCCAAAGUAUUUCCUGAUAGAUGAUUUAUUGAUGCACGUCUUCAUACUCCACGACCCGCAAAAAACAUCCGAUAGCGAGUUAUUAAACUUCCAGAAUGAGAUUAAGGCCCAGCUAAACAUCCAGACUACUUGCAUACCCAUAGAAGGGCUGGUCAGUGGUAUUAAUGAAGAGGAAUUUGUAAAGUUAUUCAAAAACGAAAACUCCACAAUUGAGGAAGAUUUACAGCGCAUUUCUUUGCAGCAGACGUCCAAGAUCCAAACAAUAGAGAAGGAUUUCUUAAACAUACCAGAAAAGAUCGAUUUGAUUAUUCGAACCAAAGUAUAUGAAUAUAUCAACCGAUUCUUAAUACCACACAUGGAGAAAAAGAUAAGGAUUUGGGACGAUCAAAUACUAGCUCCCAAAAAAUCAAUUGCAGGCAGAUUCUUUUCGGUUUCCAAGAAACUUUUUAACAAUAAUGACUCGCCAUCGAAUCUGAAUUCAAAUUCCUUUUCGGAAUCAUCAUUCAAUUAUAACGAAAAUUAUUAUCAUAAGCAUUCAGCAGAACAAAAAAUUCGUAAAUUGGCAGACUGGUCAUUGAUAUUAAAAGAUUUCAAGUAUGCAUACUCGACGUAUGAAUUAAUCAGAAAGGAUUACACUAAUGACAAAGCAUGGGUUUAUGUUGCCUCUACUCAGGAAAUGUGUAUUGUGUCGUUGUUGUUGACCCAAACUCAACAGAUUAAUCAAACCACAACAAGACCCGACAGAAAUACGCUAAGAAAAAUUAGACAUGAUAUAAUUGAACCUUACUUGGAUAACUUGUCUUACACAUUUAAAUCUAGAUUAAACUUAAGAAGCUAUAAUAUUAAAACUUUAUUAGUUAUUAUUGAGCUACUUCUUUGCAUGUGUUCCACAUUCAAUAUUUCUUGGUGGUGGAAUGAUUUAAUCGAAAAGUACCUUUGUAAGUGUAUUAAUGAAUUCGAUAGUCAUUUGGUAGGUAAUAAUCAAAAACUGCAAGUAAUACGAGCAUUAUUAUAUGAGAGACUAGGAUAUCAUUUCGGUAAGUGUAUUCUUUUAAACGACCAGAACAAAGGCUUGAUUGAUAUGUCCAAAUUAGAGACAGGCAAAGAAAUUCACGAAGACACGGAGAAUCAGAGCAACGAAAAAGACAAUGCCGAAGAAGAAGAAGUAAAAGAGAGCAAUGAAGAAGAAGGAUAUUAUGUUAAUCCUAACAAAUUAUCGGUAAAUAAAAAUAAUAGCAUUGUAGGAUUAACAAGAUUCAGAAAAUCCUCAAUAUGGUAUUUACUAUCCAUUAAAGAAUGGUUAAUAUUAGAAAAUUAUAACCAAAUUGAGUACUUGAUACAGAAUAUUAGAUACAAUUACAACCUUAAUGAUUUUACUAAUGAAUGGUAUGAUAGAAAUGAUUUACUAUUGAGUUACGUUAAAAAUUGUUUGAAAGAGCAUAAUUUAAAUGAUACUCAGGAUCCGUGA